UUUCUGUUUAUCUCUUUUCGUUCUCUUCCAAAUAUGGAAUCUCAACAUGUUUUGGAUUAUAAAACCGAUCGCACGUUUAAAAAGUUGCAACCUUCUCAAUGGGCUGAUCAUUUCCUCUAUAUUCCCAUCGAUGAAUUGAAUGAGAUAGAAGAAACCUUGACACACGCCUUCGAAAAGAUAGAUGAUAUGAUCGCGGAUGAACAUGACCUUUACACAAUCUCCAUCUUCUUUUGGGUUUUCAGAACGUAUGGACAUAACAUAUCGUCAGAUGUGUUCAAGAGAUUCAAAGGGGAGGACGGAAAGUUCAUGGACUCUUUAACCAAGGAUGCUAAGGGAAUGUUGAGCUUAUACGAAGCCGCUCAUUUGAGGACGACGAAAGAUUGUAUAAUGGAUGAAUCGUUGAGUUUUACAACAAGACAUUUGGAGUCGUUGGCAGGACGAGCAAGCCCUCAUCUCUCAAGGCUUAUACAUAAUGCUCUUGGUCUAUCUCAACAUUGGAACAUGGAGAUAAUAGUCGCACUGGAAUAUAUCACAUUCUACGAACAUGAAGAAGACCAUGACGAGACAAUACUCAAGUUUUCCAAGCUCAAUUUCAAGUUACUACAACUUCUGUACCUUAAGGAGCUCAAAAUGAUUACAAAAUGGUACAAGGAGCUCGAUUUUGCAUCAAAGUUGCCACCUUACUUCAGAGAUAGAAUCGUGGAGUUACAUUUCUUUGUAAUAUCGAUAUAUGCCUCCAUUUCUGAAGCUGAAAGCCUCGCCAAUAGCCUAGAAAGGUGGGCUCCUGAUAAAGACAUGGAUAGACAACCAGCUUUUUUGAAAUUCGUCUUCAAGUUUAUAUUGGAUGUAUUCAAAGAUUUCGAAAGAGAAUUGGGGUCAGAAGGGAGAUCUUACAGCCUAAAAGGCACACUUGAUGAGUUCAAAAGACUCGUGAAAGCCAACCUUGACCUUGCCAAAUGGGCGCAAGCCUCUCACGUGCCUAGCUUUGAUGAUUACAUGGAGGUUGGUGAGGUCGAGAUCACAAUGUAUGCCACUAUGGCAGGAACUUUGAUGGGUAUGGGACAUAUUGCUACGGAGAAAGCUUAUGAGUGGCUCAAAUCCAGACCAAAAAUCAUCCAAUCAUUAUCUAUAAACGGGCGUCUGAUGAAUGACAUGGCGGGUUUCGAGGACGACAUGAGUAGAGGCUAUGUAACUACUGGGAUCAACUGUUAUAUGAAGCAAUAUGGAGUUACCAAAAACGAAGCUUUUAGGGCACUUCACAAAAUGCGUGUCGACAAUGACAAAAUAGUGAACGAAGAGUUGUUGAUGACAAAAAAUGUGCCAAGACGAAUUCUCAAGGAAGCCAUCAAUUGUGCACGCAUGACCAACGUUGCCUACGGAUACGGUGAAGGAUUAACCCACCCUGAAGACAAAAUUAAGGACUAUAUUAUUUCUCUUUAUAAUAUUGAUCAGAUUCAUCUUUAAAGCCUUUGAUUUGUUACAUUCUUACGAUUGUGACACUUGGUUUGUUGUCAGAUAUUUAGGUUGGCAUAUUUAUGUUGUUUUAGAUAAAAUGCUUUUGUAUUG